AUGAUGAAUUUUAAAACAUAUGUUUUUAUUUUAAUAUUUAAUAUUGUACUUUUUUCCAAGUUUGUUAAGUCAUACCAAGUCUUUGAUAUUGAAAAUCCAGAUCAAAACUUGGUUUUUUCAACUUCUGAUAGCGGUGAUGGGCCUGUACUUGCAAGGACAUUUUCACUUAAAAGUGAAUCAAAUGUUGUAAAAGUUAAGUAUGGUAAUGAAAAUAUCUGGACUUCUGGCGUUUUUGGUGAGAAAGUUGUGUCAAUUCAAAUAAUUAAAGCUUACGGACUUAAUAAGUUGUUGACCAUUGAUACACUAAAUAAUGGACUACUUGUUACUUACUAUUUUCGUUGGUUACAGUAUUCAUGGAGAUCAAUAACUAAUAGAGGCUAUUUAAGUAUUAGAGCUAGUAUUAGAGUUGACCGUGUUUUAAAUAUAAAACCGCCUUUCGACACACAAACUUUCGAAAUUCACCAUAAUCAAGUGUAUGGAAUGGAAUCAACUACUAUUGUUACAAAAGAUGAAUAUGAAGUACGUAAAGUUAAUGACGGGGAUAAUACUGUAUGGACGGGAAAUAUUAAUUUGAAAUGCAGAGGAGCUAUAAUCCACGGACCAAUUCAAGCGCCAAAAUUAAUGCAACUACACUUAAUUAGGCUUGAAAAUGAACAUACCAGCAUUUAUCUUUAUAAUACGGAAGGUGGUUGGGUUGCAGUGUUAAGACCAAUGUUUUACAAUAUUUUGGCAAGGUUGGAUGCUGAGGAAGAACAAAGACGUCGUGAUCAAAGUGCUCAAAAUCAAUGA